AACGUUUACAAUUCUCACGUCAUCGUGUGUUAAAUCUUUAGGUUACGAUUUCACUCUAUAUAUUUUUUGUUAUAACAAAAAUUUUCUUUGUGAAUAAAAUGGGCACUGAGAUUAAAACAUGUUACAUAUAUAAAGAAGAUGAUUCAGCGAAUUCAAUUUUCUUGCCAGAUAAUAAAGAAGUAUUUGUGGGACGAAAUAUUGAAACAAAAAUUACAGACACAAAGUGUUCUAGACGCCAAGUAAGACUCUUCGCCAAUUAUGCUGAUCAAAGAGUUUUUGUACAACAAAUUGGAACACAUUCUUCUGGUUUAAAUGGAUUUAAAACGGAAAAAAAUGUAAAAAUUGUAGCACAACAUAAUGAUCGUUUGGAAAUUUUAUAUGGAAAAUAUCCAUAUUUAAUUGAAUUUAAUCCACCGCCAGUGCGUGGAAUUUUUGUUCCAAAUGAAAAAAAACGUGUACACGAAACAGAUGUAGAAAAUUGUUUAAAAGAUAAAAAAAUAAAAAAAGAAUAUAGUUUUGAUAGUAAUGAUGAUAGUUUAAAUAUAGGUAGUUCAUUGGAUAGUCAAGAUAAUUAUUUAUUAGAAUCGAAAAAAAAUUUAACAACAGAAAUGCCAUUAGAAUCAUCGAAAUCAACAGAUAAUGAAAUAUGGGAAGAAUUUGGUAAAGGAACAUGUUUAGUUUUUAGCAGUAAAGGACUUGAAGGUCGUUCUAAAAUUGCCGCAUAUGAUAUGGAUAAAACAUUAAUAAAAACUAAAUCGGGACUUGAAUUUCCAAAAGAUGCAAAUGAUUGGCAACUAUGGCAUCAUGAGGUUCCGAAUAAAAUUAAAAAAUUACAUGCAGAUGGUUUUAAAAUUAUAAUUUUUACAAAUCAAGCAAGUUUAGGAACGGGUAAAAUAAAAGUCAGUGAUUUUAAGUUGAAAAUCGAGAGAAUCGUUCAAAAAAUAGGAACUCCAAUUCAGGUUUUUAUCGCUGUUGGAUACAGUCGUUUUAGAAAACCAUGUACUGGAAUGUGGGAACUUUUAUCGAACGAAAAAAAUGAUGACGUGAAAAUAAAUAAAGAACAAUCACUAUUUGUGGGUGAUGCUGCUGGUCGACCAGCUCAUAAAGAUUUAAAAAGAAAGAAAGAUCAUUCUCUUGCUGAUCGAUUAUUGGCUAUGAAUUUAGGAUUAAAAUUUUAUACACCCGAGGAACAUUUUCUUGGACAUAAGCCAUCUGUUUAUAAUCCACCAAUUUUUCAUCCAAAAGAGGAGGUUAAUAAAAAAAUACAUAUUUGCGAUCCACCAAAUGCAAAUAUUACAUCAAAAGAACAGGAGAUUAUUGUCAUGGUUGGAUGUCCUGGUUCAGGAAAAUCUCAUUUUGUCAAAACUUAUCUGACUGAUUAUACUUAUGUAAAUAGAGAUACAUUGGGUAGUUGGCAAAAAUGUGUCGCUGAAACGGAAAAAGCAUUGAUUCAAGGGAAAAGAGUUGUUGUUGAUAAUACAAAUCCAGAUGAAAUUUCAAGGCAAAGAUAUGUAGAUGUGGGUAAAAAGCGUAAAGUUCCAGUAAGAUGUUUUGUAAUGGCAGUUAAUAAGGAACACACGAAACAUAACAAUAAGUUUCGCUGUUUAACUGAUCCGACGCAUGAAAAAAUUAGCGAUAUUAUUAUAAAUUCUUACACUAACAUCGAAUCGAAGUUGGCCUGGCGUUGCAUAAGAUUUGUGAAACUCCUGCUACUUCUGUGUCUUCGGCUACAUACCUACUUCAUCUCAAAUCUUCAACCUUACAGAAAAAACUUCAAACUCCCUAAUUUGGAUGAAGGAUUCACAGAAGUGGUGAAAAUUAAUUUUGUUCCAAAAUUCCAAUCGGAUGAGCAUCGAAAACUUUACGAAAUGUAUUUACUUGAAAAUUGAUUUUACAAUUUUUUCUUUUUAUUUUCAAAUCAUUUGUCAUAUAUAUAAAAAAAAUUUACUGUUUUAAAAUUUCAAAAACGACGUCGAAAAAUAGUUACGAAUUUUUUGUUAAUUAUUGUAAUUGUGUGAUUGUAAUUUCUCUUUUCAAAAGAGUGGUUAUAAUAAAUAAUUUUUUUUAUCAAAA